GAGGCACACGCGCGCGCCUCGGAUCGUCUUGUGCUGAGGGUGUUCUCUUGACGACGCUCAGCUUUACUGCCGUACAGCCGGUGAUGUGCGUCUCGCCGCGCCAGCGGUCUUUCUCCACAGAUUUUACUAUCCUACUCUCCGUGCAGUAUUCUCCGGAGUCAUGUCCAUCAAAGCAGUCGUCACGGACAUGGACGGCACGCUGCUGAACCCGGCGCACCAAAUCAGCGACUACACCGCCAGUGUUCUAAAGCGGCUGAAAGAGCGGGGCAUUCAUUUUAUCGUUGCCACGGGCCGCCCCUACGGGGAGGUGAUCCAGACGAUUCGCAAGUGCCAGCUGGAGCCGGAUUUCAUCCUCACCAGCAACGGAGGCUGGCUCCACGAUGGCGGGUUCAACGUGGUGCUGGAACACAACAUCCCUUCCAAUCUCGCACAGAAACUUGUGCUCCUGCACACCCUCCCGCACCCGGAAGGCGGCAACGCGGCAGCAAAGACAUUUGUGACGAAUGUGUACCGCAACACGGAGUGGCUGACGGACCGGGAUGUGCCGGAGAUCAGCGGAGGCCUGCAUAAGAACCUUCCGUGCACCGUUCUCGGAGAGGACCUGUACGCCUUGCCGACGGAGGAACUGCAGGGAGUGCAUCAGAUUUGGUACUACGGCGAAACGGAAGAGUUACGUGCGGUGAGCACCCAACUCAGCGCGACCUUUGGAACUGAUCUCUGCUGGACCUUCUCUGCGCCGAUGAUGAUCGACUGUGGUCCUGUCGGGGUGACGAAGGGCAACGGCGUUCGUGAGGUCGCCGAGAUCUUGAAGCUGCGCCUCGAGGAUGUCGCGUGCUUUGGCGACGCGCUAAACGACGAGUCGAUGCUGCAGAUUGCCGGCAAGGCGUACAUCAUGGAGAACGGCCAGCAGGAGCUGAAGGACGUGAUCGCCCAUGGCGAGGUGAUCGGCUCUAACGCAAAUGACGGUGUGGCCAGGAAGCUGGAGCAGCUCUUCUUCUCGUCUUAA